AUGUCGUCGGAGCAAUGUUCCCUUCCUGUGGAGGAUGAAUCAUUUUCCAGGAACUACGGCGACACGACGUCACAGUCGUCGACGGGGUAUCGUGAAGCCGGAAAGUGGAGAGAGGCCAUCGAGGGAAAGAAGUUGACCUCGUUUAGCUAUUUGGGGGAGGAGAUGGUGGGAUCAGAGGUUCUAGUAAGAGGCCGAGUGGAAACGAAUCGCACAAAAUCUAGCAGAUUAGGUUUUCUGGUAUUGAGGGAAAGGGGAUUGACGGUCCAAUGCGUGGCUACACAAUCGGAAGCGACGAAAGUGAGCGCCAACAUGAUUAAAUACAUUAAGCAGCUCACUAAGGAAUCCGUCGUCGAUCUCAUCGGUAUCGUCGUCAAACCCAAGGAUGAGGUCAAGGGAACAACGCAAAAGAAGGUUGAAAUUCAAGUGAGGAAAUUGUACUGCGUCGUGCGUGCCCCAUCAAACCCACCACCACUUCUCGUGGAGGAUGCUGCUCGAAGUGAGGAAGAGAGUGAGCGUCCUGUAGCCAAUCAGGACACGCGUUUGAAUUACAGGGCGAUCGACCUCAGAACACCGGCUAAUCAAGCCAUUUUCAGUAUUCGGUGCCAAGUCGAAACUGCGUUCAGAGAAUUCUUGCUAUUCAACGAUUUUGUUGGAAUCAACACACCGAAAUUGAUGGCUGGUGGUAGUGAAGGAGGUUCUGCUGUGUUUAGGUUGGACUACUUUGGGCAGCCUGCUUGCCUGGCUCAGUCUCCUCAGCUUCACAAGCAGAUGGCGAUAUGUGGUGGCUUGCAACGCGUCUUCGAGGUCGGUCCUGUUUCCAGAGCUGAAAAGUCCUUCACUCAUAGACACCUGUGUGAAUUUAUUGGUCUUGAUGUGGAGAUGGAGAUUUUAAGCCACUAUUCUGAGAUAAUGGAUAUUGUGGAUGAGCUGUUCGUGCAAAUAUUCACUAAACUGAAUGAGAGGUGCACAAAGGAACUGGAAGCUGUCGGGAAGCAAUUCCCAUUUCUACCUUUGAAGUUUCUUCCAAAAACAUUGAGGCUAACCUUUGCAGAAGGGAUCCAAAUGCUUAAGGAUGCUGGUGUGGAGGUUGAUCCUCUUGGAGAUCUAAAUACAGAAUCUGAGAGAAAACUUGGGCAGCUCGUUCUUGAAAAGUACGACACAGAGUUCUACAUGCUGCAUCGCUAUCCUUCGGCAGUUAGGCCGUUCUACACUAUGCCAUGUGAAGACGAUCCUCGCUACAGCAACUCAUUUGAUGUCUUCAUUAGGGGCGAGGAGAUCAUAUCAGGAGCUCAACGUAUCCACAUGCCAGAAUUCUUGGAGAAACGCGCAGGAGAAUGUGGCAUUGAUCUCAAGACAAUAGAAGCAUACAUUGAUUCAUUCAGGUACGGUGCAACUCCUCCUCACGGUGGAUUCGGAGCGGGGCUGGAGCGAGUGGUGAUGCUCUUCCUUGCCCUCGAUAACAUCCGCAAAACGUCCCUGUUCCCUCGUGACCCUAAUAGACUCGCUCCCUAA